CACCGCUGACGGGGCUUGCCUUGCUUGCGCGAUAAUGUGAGUCUGCUCAUGUCAUUACUGGCAAGCUGCUAUGGCCUGUGCCCCUUGGUUUGCGCUGGCUCCGAGCGCAUGCGUGCAUGUUGUCACUUUCCGUGGCACGCGCGAGCGCUGUUUCGGGCUCGCUGUUAGCGCAUUAUGUACUGCAUGCAUGAUUCAUGUGAUUGAUCUGAUUUGUGCUCCUCUCCACCCUCUCUCACGCCCUCGCAAACACGCGGUACGACCCGCAUUGGCACGCCUGUUGCGACAUACUUUAAGAAGCCGCGACGCCUGCAUUGGCCCGCUGUCUGUGCAUUCUUUCCCUACCUCACCAAUUGAGUAGCUGCAUCUGCCAAGCUCUACAAAUUGAGCUUCGCCGCCCUCGCGCUUCCAUCACACGUGUGCUUCUCGCUCUAUUUGUGAAGGCGUUUAGACAAGAUGCAGAACGGUCACGCUGACGCUGUCUAUGACGGCUUCGCGUCGUCGCAGCUGUUCAACCAGGGUGUCUGCUACACGUAUGAUGAUGUUAUCUUCCACCCUGGCCACAUCUUCUUUGCGGCCAACGAGGUCGACCUCACGUCUAACGUGACCAAGAACAUCCCGCUGCGCGUGCCCAUCGUGUCCUCGCCCAUGGACACCGUGACCGAGGCGGAGAUGGCCAUCACCAUGGCCACCCUCGGCGGCAUGGGCUUCAUCCACUACAACAACACCGCGGAGGAGCAGCUGCGCCAGGUGCUGAAGGCCAAGCGCCACACGCCCGGCUUCAUCGUCACCCCCGCCGUGGCCGGCCCCAACGACACUGUCUCCAAGCUGUACGAGCUCAAGAACACCCGCGGCUUCACCUCCGUGUGUGUGACCGACACGGGUGCGCUGGGCGGCAAGCUGCUCGGCGUGGUGACCACCCGCGACAUUGACUUCAUCAACGACAAGCUCACGCCUCUGGCCGAGGUCAUGACCACGGACCUGGUCACUGCGCCCGAGGGCACCACCGCGGACGCCGCCGGCGCGCUUCUCAAAAAGAUCAAGAAGAACAAGCUGCCCCUGGUCAAUGCCCAGGGCGAGCUGGUGGGCCUGGCCACUCGCGGCGCCUUUAAGGACGCGCGCAACUUCCCCGCGCCCGGCGCGCCCUCGCUGGACGGCGCCGGCCUGCUGCGCUGCGGCGCGGCCGUGGGCACUCGCGACAGCGACCGCGAGCGUGUGAAGAUGCUGUGGGAGACCGCGGCGGUGGAUGCCGUGAUCCUGGACUCGUCGCAGGGUGACUCCACCUACCAGGUGGAGAUGAUUAAGUACAUCAAGGCUGCGCACCCCGGCCUGGACGUCAUUGCCGGCAAUGUGGUGACGGGCGCCCAGGCGCGGCGCCUGAUCGAGGCGGGCGCGGAUGGCCUGCGUGUGGGCAUGGGCUCCGGCUCCAUCUGCACCACCCAGGAGGUGUGCGCCGUGGGCCGCGGCCAGGCCACCGCCGUCUACCACGUCGCGCGCGUCGCCAACGCGCUGGGCGUGCCCAUCAUUGCUGACGGCGGCGUGCAGAACUCGGGCCACAUCACCAAGGCCCUGGCGCUGGGCGCCAGUGCUGUCAUGUGCGGCUCCAUGUUUGCGGGCACGACGGAGGCGCCGGGCGAGUACUUCAUGCUCAACGGGCAGCGCGUGAAGAAGUACCGCGGCAUGGGCUCGCUGGAGGCCAUGGCCAAGGGCUCGGAGACGCGCUACCACAGCGACACGCAGAGCCUCAAGAUCGCGCAGGGUGUGUCGGGCGCCGUGAAGGACAAGGGCUCCAUCCGCAAGACCGUGCCCUUCCUGGCGCAAGCCGUGCGCCAGGGCUUCCAGGACAUUGGUGCCAACAGCAUCAAGAUGGCUCGCGAGAUGCUGUACAAUGGCGCCAUGCGCAUGGAGGCGCGCACCAACGCCGCGCAGGCGGAGGGCAACGUGCACGACAUGGUCGCGUACGAGAAGCGCCCCUGGUAAAACCCCCGCAUAUUAACUACUGUUGCGGGCGCGGCGGCGAGCAAAGCUUGGCGCGGCGCGGCGCGGCCCGGCGCGGCGCGGCGCGGCGCGGCGGUGAUGCGACUGCUUUAGUUUUGGUUGGAGGUGCGGCGACUGUUGACCACUUGAUACUGACAAAGAUGGGACAGUAGGGACGAUAGAUACCUGACACUACACUCAGCUGUACUCAGCUAAAUGUAUUAGGAGCACGGGACAUUGCAGGAGGGCGAGAGGCGCAGCUCGCAACGGCGGUAGUACGUCACUUGACCACUUGACGGUGCCAGAGAUACAGGCGGAGGAGGGUUUGGGUGGUCGUUUGACCAGCAGUGGUGAUGGCGCGUUAGGCUACUACAUAGCGAGUUAGCCCGGACACAUACGUGCGCUACUCGUGCGGCCGUUGGUGAGCGCUUUUGUGCAGCUCGUAUUCAGCGGGUGGUGCGCGCCUGUUGAUGUGAUUAAUUGUGUGUGGAAGCGGCGUGCAAGCAAUGCCAGACAAUGUAGGGACGCUGGGACGGCGUCUCGCGUGGGCAUGGAGGCAUUAGGUAGGUGCAAGGCUGCAAGGUAUGAUGAUGAUGCCCAAGAAUGAGACAAGGCGCAAAAUAUCCCAGGAGCGUCUGGGGGGUAAUAGAAAGUGCGGAAGGGAUCUAGGGGAUAGAACAGGCAUUGACGCAUUGUGGAAGUCCGCGACUUCGGUCCGGAGGGCGGAGGCACGGUGCCCAACACGAGCACAGCUGCAAGCGCAAGGGGCGCGGCGGCGCGCAGAUGCUGAAGGGGCGGAGCAUGGAACUCUUUCGCCCAGACCGCACGCGCCUGGGGCCAUGUGUAACCCCUACAAAGCGAUACCGUACUCGUGGGGCCAUGUGUAACCCCUACAAAGC